AUGAAGUGUGCUGAGAAUGGUGAUGGCCGGCCACCGCACAUCCUGAAAGACGUUGCAUACGAAAGUGACUGCGCAAAACUGUGCUGGCAGCAAGCGGAGCAGAUUCGGGGAACGGUGGUAUGCUGCGAGCAUCACGAGGACAAGGAUCAGUGCGAGGUGCGAGUUGGCUGGCAAGCCUUGCAGGAGUCAGACUACGCUAAGAAUUUGCUUAACGUGAAGAAUUGGGCGAUCUUCGGACGUCACGUGAAAAAAGCGCGGCUGUUGUACGCACCCGACUAUUCCAGCGAUGUUGGAGAGGAAGAUGAUGCGGCAUCUGAAAGCGAGCAGAUCCAAUUGGCAGAAGAAGGGCGCGAGCACGUGCGAAAGCUGGUGGAGCAGGUCAAUCACUUGUCAAUUGAUGGAAUUCUCGACCAUUUGCUCUCGUUCUAUGUCUGCAUGCGAUAUCUGCCCGAUGAGGAGUUCGUGGAUCUUGCAAAAUAUGAAAUGGACAAGGUGGCGGUAGACCACGCGACGCCGGCCCUUAGCCGCAACGUGACCCGUGAAGAAGUCUACGAGGAGUACAAGAAGGCCCACCUUUUCCCCUUGCGCUGUAGCAACUCUAUCUACGUCCAGAGGGCCGAGGAGAUUGACAAGCUGACUCUGGCUUUGAAUACGUCGACUUCCAAGCUGAAUGAAGCCUAUCGAUAUGCUGUCAACGUGACCAAAAAGGCCACGCGAUCCUUACAAGACAUGGACAAAGAGCUGCGCCUCAACAUGUCUGACCCAGACCGCCACGAUUCGAUCUACAUGCAGGACAUGCAUUGGACUGUCAAAUCUUCACUGCCUUGGUCAACGUUUCUGCGACCUUCCAAGCAGUACUCGCACCAUGUCUCCAAGCCGAAGAACCUGUUCAUGCUUUGCUUCGGGCCGAGGGUCGCUUCGUACCCACACAAGCGUGAGGGAGGACAACAUAUCCUGGCUGACAUGAACAUGGCUGGCUGCAACGGCUUCUGGGAUCUUGAGGAUAUCACCGAGCACAUGGCCCGAAUCAAGAAGCUAUUUGCACCUGAGAUGUGCUUCGAGUACAAGCUCCGAAAAGAUUUGAAGCUGAAGUUUAUGGAAACCUUUGUCGCCAUGAAUCAGCAGUUCGAGCAGGCGAUGGCAGGAAAGUACACUCAGACGAUCGGAGAGUUGGACCCUACUCGCUCGAAGAAGCUGGAGCACUUUUUUGAACGUACUGCUGUGCACGAUUACACUGACGAGAUGAGCGCAGAGAAAGCUUCCGGCAAGUAUGAAGACUUUUCGAAGCUUAUGGCCAAGGCACACAGCAAGUGGGUGAUUUGUGGGGCUCACAGCAAGGUGAGUGAGGAUGCCUUUGGAGUGGAAGACAACUUCUUUAGGAACCCGAAAUCGUAUGAGAAAUGGAUUGGCUCCAUGGCGGAGGAGAACUCGCCUGAGUGCAAGACCCUGGAUGGUUCAAUUGACUGCGUCAAAUGUGCCAUUGCCGUGAAAGACAAGCACAACUGCCCUAUUCGCCUGGAUGUGAAGCUGCAGGACAUCUACAGGGCCCUCAAGCGAAACGCAUAUCCGUUCCUCGUGAGCGAAUACGGAGUGCGUGAGGAGAAGGAGACUGAAGAAGGUGUAGCCCUGGUAAAUGCCACAAAGCAAGGCACAUGCCUCUUGCGAAAGAGCCCGCUGAACAUGCGGCGGGUCUUUGCGGAAUCAGGCAAGGACAAGGCACGAGAAGAGUUCUUUAAAGCAACCAAGGAUGACACCGUGGUCAUUUUAAAGGACAUCGAGCACCUGAACACUUACCUGCAGGCAGACAAGAAGUCUGGCAGGAUUUUGGAGACCACAGAUCGCUAUCCCAUCAGAGAGCGCUUGGAGGAAAAGGCAAAACGCGAAAGCGGCAACGCUACCAGCAGAGCAGGCAAGCAUGCAUUGGAUUAUGAAGAUGCGAUGAGCGCUUUCAGCCAGACGUAUAAGGAUACUGUCGAGGAAUUUGCGCAGUGGUUCGUAUUCUCCGACAGAAUCAAAGAACAGCAGAACCGCCCAGAGCACAAGGUGGACUACAUCAUCAGCUGCCCGUGCUCUAAGCGGGACUUUGAGGUCUCUGAGUACUUCCAGGACAUUGGCAGCCAAGGCAUGUCCGAGUACUACAACCGAUGA